GGAAGCCAAUUCCGCCGGCGUUCGCGCGCCUGCCACAAUUCCUCAGUGAGUCCUUUGCCUUUUCGGGGUCUCCUCACUCCAGACUCCUCUGUUUAGAAAACUCGAUCUGUGGCGUUACUAGUCCCACAUCCUCUCACUGAUUAGUUUCCUGCACUACUAGAGAUUGAAAAAUACUGCAGAGAAGAAAGGAAAGGGCUGUGGUAGAAACAAGCAAAGCUCAUUCCCUGGAGGGCCUCCUGGAGAAGGGUAAUUUCCUGCCUUAAAUCAGCUACCAAAAUCAGUAAUUUUGCUCCCACCCCCAGAGCUUCAGUUGCUCUUUCACUUCCCAAUUCCGCAAGACCACUGGGCGACAGAAUUAUGGAGAAGCGCCUGCAGGAGGCUCAGCUGUACAAGGAGAAAGGAAACCAGCGUUACCGGGAAGGGAAGUACCGAGAUGCUGUGAGUAGGUACCAUCGAGCUCUGCUCCAGCUGCGGGGUCUGGAUCCCAGUCUGCCCUCCCCGAUACCUGAUCUAGGACCUCAGGGCCCGGCUCUCACACCCGAACAAGAAAACAUACUGCACACCACCCAGACAGACUGCUACAACAAUCUAGCUGCUUGUCUCCUUCAGAUGGAGCCAGUAAACUAUGAACGAGUGAAAGAAUAUAGUCAGAAAGUCCUGGAACGACAGCCUGAUAAUGCCAAGGCCUUGUAUCGGGCUGGAGUGGCCUUUUUCCACCUGCAGGACUAUGACCAAGCUCGACACUACCUCCUGGCUGCUGUCAAUAGGCAGCCAAAAGAUGCCAAUGUCCGGCGGUACCUGCAGCUAACACAGUCGGAACUCAGUAGCUACCAUCGGAAAGAGAAGCAGCUCUACCUGGGCAUGUUUGGUUAACAGAGAAGAAGGAUGUUCUUCACUUGAACUUAGGUGAACCAUUAAAGACCCAUCAAGUGAAACCUGAGCCUCACAAGAGAAAUUAGCCCCAUACCUCUGACGCAGGUGGCUUUCUGUCUUGUUUCUAGUUCUGCACAAACUCUUUAACUACUUACACAGCCUGCCCUUUUUUUUUUUUGUCUGUCCAUCUAUAUAUUUGUGCAGCCUUUAAUACAUGGUGUUCUUGGGGACAUUUGCCCUGAGAAAUGCAACCAGAAAAUAUUCAUUAGCUAUGGGUGGAAUGAAUCCUACCCGUGGCAUAGAUCUGAAUGAUAGGUGCUGUUAGGUGUAUUCAUACACAGAGGAGAAGGCUAGCGGAGGAUGAACUAAUGAUAGACAGGAAGGGGUUUCUUCCUUUGUCUCCUCAGUUGCCCAAAGCCAAAGUUAUACAGACCACAAAUGGGGCAAUAUAUUUCUUUUGUGAAACUAGACAGUUAUAAAUUGGGCCUACAUGUCUUAAAAUGAAAGGUUUGAAAUUAACCGUGUUUGAUUACAUUAAUUCCUUAUUCUUAAUAUUCCACCUAUAUUCAGAUUUUUUUCCCCUACAAAAAAAAGUAUCUGGUUCCUAUUUUGUUAAUUUCUACUCAUUGCUCUUGUUUAUAUUCAAAUCAUUAAUGUAGCAGACUUAUUUAAUUUUUCAUUAAACUCUUCUAUUUUAAGAUCUCUGGA